AAUAUCCUUUGUUCAGUUCUACCUUUCUCCGAUAACAGACGCCCCUGAAUCAAAAUCAUAACCUGCAAGUACUCAUACCCAUCGUCAAUGAUCCUAGAUUGGUGAAGAAAUUCACGAUUUGUUAGACUUAGGGUUUUAAUCUGGUGAUCCAAAUUAUUUGGUAGGGUUCGGAUUCGAAUUUCGAAGAUUCGAUUCUUGUCUGAACCAUGGCGAUGGAAGCACCAUCGGAGACGAAUAACGCUAACCCUAGCACUGUUUCAACGAAGAAGAACUCGAAGACAAAGGGGAAGAACAACGAUUUUGAGUUCUGUAAAGUAUGCAAGCUCAAUCACAAUCAAGGUCGCCGCCAUAACUACUUUCCUAACCAUGUCAAAUCUCUAUCAUCUUUCUUAUCUAGAUUUCAGACCAAAAUUUCCGACGUACGGUUCUUCCUUAAGAACCCUAGCUUACUUCGUCCCGAGCUUGCUUCUCGCAAUAGAUUUUGGUGUGUUUUUUGUGACUCAGAUGUUACGGAGCAGGGCAGCUCAUUUGCCUGCGAGAAUGGGAUCGCCCAUCUUGCAAGUGCGGAUCACUUGAAGAACUUAAAAAGUUUUAUGUGGAAACAUGGUGGUGCAAUGGAUCGAGUUGACCAUUUCCAGGUUUCUGAGGCAGAUCUUGCUAAGUAUGAAAAGAAGUGCAUAUCGAUGAAGAAUGAAGGUGCUAGCGAACAAUCUCGCAGGGCUCUAAUUGGACCUUCAAAUGAUAUCCACAAUGAACUGAAAUUUGAUUAUGUAAAUAACUUUGACAGAAAUCCUAUCAGUUUUCAUAAUUCAAGUUUUCCAAACGGUGUUUUACCUUUACAAAAUCAUACGAAUGAGAAAUAUCAGGUAUCCCAAUCAGAUCUCUCUGGAGGUGCAGCAUCAAGCACUUCAUCAUAUGAUAAUAAAUCGUUGUUGGCUUCAAAUGCAAAGCGUCCAAAUAACUUAAGAGGCAAGACUUGCUUAACUGAAGGCCAGCUUCGCAAUGGACCGACAUGCCAGGUAUAUGCAGAUAAAAGGGAAGCUAAUGGGGAGGUUAGUUCAGCAGGUUUGCUGAAGCUCACUCAAAUUUCUUCCACAGUCCAUGGCAUGGAUGCAGGAAACGUGCAUUCUGGGGCACCACCUCCAUGGUUUGAUACAACCAAUAGAAUUCAUCUUGAUCCUGCACCGAAACCCGGGAAGGAAAUGGAUCCAGUCACUAAAACUGUAAAGUCAAAAUUAAAUCCUAAAAGGGUCGGAGCUGCUUGGGCAGAGAAAAGAAAGAUAGAAAUGGAGAUGGAGAGAAGAGGGGUGUUGCCUGCUAAUAGAUUUGAUGCUAACUGGCUUCCAAACUUCGGUAGAGUGUGGCAAUCGGGAAGCAGGAAAGAGUCCCGGAAAGAAUUUGAGGUCGAGGCCACGAAACCUCCGAAGGAUGAAAUUGAAUCAGAUUCAUCGUUGCAGUUACAGCCUUAUAUAAGCAAGAGAAUGCGCCGAGAAGCCAAUGGAUGACGUUUCUGCUUAAAACCACGGAUGCAUACGGAUUUUGAAGGUAAAACCCAAAAGUUUGAUGCAAAUCAGUUUUUGUGGCAAUUGUUAGUUUGAAACCAAACCACCAACUGAGAGGGUAUGUACAUACUGCAAGUAAGUAUAAACCAUUAUUUCUUCCUUUUUCUGCUUUGUUUUAAGAUUUUCGCUUUGAAAAUAGUGUGGAAUCGUGCUUACGAUUGCCAGGGAUAUUAAUCGUAUAAUUUAGCAGCCUGAGUGUCGUCUCGCUUGGAUAAGCAUAUCGUACACUCGAGGAAGUAGGUUUUGUUGCUUUUUUAUCAGUUGUAGAACAUUAAGAUGGUUAGAAUUAGAACAGCCUUCCUUUAUUUGAACUUCUAUGGUCCUCUAAUACAUUUAUUUCAACUAGUCUAUGGGUCAGUGCAAAAACACCCAUAUAUCAUCUACCCCCCUGGACCAACAUUUUUGCCUUUUAAGGUGGAACAGAGACUUGCAAGUUGUCCGAUGCGUUUUUAGCAUAAUUCCAUUUUUUUCGAGGGAUUUUUUAAGCUUUUUGGAUGAUUUCGCAAGAUUUUUCAAGGUCUUUGGUUGAUCUCGAGAGAUUUUUUGGUUUUUUCUGUUAUUUAGAUACUUUCGGUUUUUUGGUUGAUUUCGUUGGUUUUGGCUUUUUGGUUCAUGUCUCAUUUUAGGGUUCCUAAAAGUGUGUCGAUUUUAAUUUGAUGUCUGCUCUUCUAAGUUAACAAAAGUUGACUGCAUCUAUGUUAACUACCGAGGCCCCUUUGGUUUGAUUUGCGUGGUUCCGAUAACAUGUAGAACCGGUACGUAUUUGUGAGUUUGACACGAUAUUCCAAUAUAUUCAAUUUGGUUGGAACAAAGUCGGAUUAUAUGUAACGUCAUAUUUUUUGGGUUACCACGUAUACAUGGAUGCCAUUAGGGGUCUUAACAAGCCGAGUCGAGUAGCAGGUUGUUCGAGCUCGACUCGGGAAAACAAUCUCGUACUCGAGCUUGACUCCAGUUUUAAUAAUUCUUUUUCAAGUUGGUGAUCGAGUUUGAGGUUGAACAUUCUUUUAAUA